AUGGAAGCACCCGAGGAGAACGCGGCCGCGGCUGCCGUGGACGCCGUCACCCAGAUGACCAACCGCUUCAGCGCCAUCAACACGGACGACGCCGAGGCCGGCCCCCUCGAGCUCGACGACGUGGUGGACGUCAACGUCUACAGCUGCAAGCACUGCCGCACGCACCUCGCCGUCGCCGACGACAUCAUCUCCAAGAGCUUCCAUUGCAAGAACGGGAAGGCUUACCUCUUCGAUAAGGUUAUCAAUGUGACCGUUGGAGAAAAAGAAGAUCGCAUGAUGAUCACAGGGAUGCAUUCCAUUUCUGAUAUCUUUUGUGUUGGCUGCGAAGAGAUUGUUGGAUGGAAAUAUGUAAGAUUCCUAAUGAUUAUUUUUUGUCAUAUAAUAUCCUUUGUGUAUCGCCUGACAUCUAAGUUCUAUGACGCCUCUACUCAGGGGGCUGCAUAUGAGAGGAGCCAGAAAUACAAGGAAGGAAAAUUUGUUCUCGAUAGGUGA